GUGGCCGGGGUUCAGGUGAGCAAGCUGGCUGCUCUGACCACAGAAUUGCUUCCACAGCGAGGUCCUUCUCUGAGCUUGGCUUUCCUUUUCCCUUGCUGUGUGUUUUCCAGGAUAACUGCAACUCCAGGCCCACGAUGGAUGCCCUGCAACUGGCAAACUCUGCUUUUGCAGUUGAUCUGUUCAAAAAACUCUGUGAAAAGGAGCCAGCAGGCAAUGUCCUCUUCUCUCCCAUCUGUCUCUCCACCUCCCUGUCACUUGUUCAAGUAGGAGCCAAAGGUGACACAGCCAAUGAAAUUGGACAGGUCCUUCAUUUUGAAAACGUCAAAGAUGUGCCCUUUGGAUUUCAAACAGUAACGUCAGAUGUAAACAAACUUAGUUCCUUCUAUUCGCUGAAACUGAUCAAACGGCUCUAUGUGGACAAAUCUCUGAAUCCAUCUACAGAAGAAGGAGAGGAGAUGGAAACUGUUGACUUCAAAGAUAAAUUGGAAGAAACGAAAGGUCAGAUCAACAACUCAAUUAAGGAUCUCACAGAUGGCCACUUUGAGAACAUUUUAUCCAACAACAACGUAAAUGAUCAGACCAAAAUCCUCGUGGUUAAUGCCGCCUACUUCAUUGGAAAGUGGAUGAAGAAAUUUCCUGAAUCGGAAACCAAAGAAUGUCCUUUCCGAGUCAACAAGACGGACACCAAGCCAGUGCAAAUGAUGAAUCUGGAAGCCAUGUUCUGCAUGGGCAACAUUGACAGUAUCAACUGUAAGGUCAUAGAGCUCCCCUUUCAAAACAAGCACCUCAGCAUGCUCAUCCUGCUGCCCAAGGACGUGGAGGAUGAGUCCACGGGUCUGGAGAAGGUUGAAAAACAACUCAACUCAGAGACGCUCUUGCAGUGGACCAAUCCCAGCACCAUGGCCAAUACCAAAGUCAAACUAUCCAUUCCAAAAUUUAAGGUGGAAAAGAUGAUUGAUCCCAAGGCUAGUCUGGAAAACCUAGGGCUGAAAAGUACCUUUGAUGAGAGUACAUCUGAUUUCUCUGGAAUGUCAGAGACCAAGGGAGUGGCGCUCUCCAAUGUUAUUCACAGAGUGUGCUUAGAGAUAAGCGAAGAUGGUGGGGAUUCCAUAGAGGUGCCGGGAUCAAGAAUCCUGCAACACAAAGAUGAAUUCAGGGCCGACCACCCAUUUAUUUACAUUGUCAGGCACAACAAAACUCGAAACAUCGUUUUCUUUGGCAAGUUCUGUUCUCCUUAAGUGUCAGAGCCCAGGUCAAGUCCCACCUGGCUUUUCUGUAAACUCUACAACCAGAGAAUCCCUUUAUAAACAUGAUAACUUGUUAAUAUUGCUGGAGGAGGAAUGCCUUGGUGCUUGUUCUAUGUAGCCUUCACACUAAUAGGCCUUUUUCUCCCAAUCUUUUCUUUUAUGCCCCUUUCCUCCCAUCAAAGACAAUACUUUGAAGGAAAAGAAAAUAUGUAUUCAUUAUUUGUUACACUAUCUAGGGUUAUGGGCAGAUAUACAGUUGUUCACAAAGAAAAUUCCCAUAAAGAGCUUUGCCUUCCUUCAUUGGGAUACAGAAUGUUCCAGAUGUUCUCACUUCCCUGAAAGGCUAAACAAACUGUGGUUUAUGGGAUCUGACAAACUUUCCUGGUUCCAGUGAAAUGUGAGCACAUGGUCAGGCUACUGUAGGUCCACAGCUCUUUAUGCUAAACCCUGAGGGACAAAUGUAUUCUUCAAGCUCUGCCUUUGGGGGCUUUUAGAAAGAUAAUGUGUUGCACAAACUGUAUGUUAUGGAAGUCCAUUGAAAGAGUCUGAAACAACAUCCUAUAUAGAAGUCAUUACCUUAAUAUUCCUGCCAUAAAAUGUAUAAUAUUGACACAAAAUGGAUAAAGGUUUUGCUGACAAAUGGGGUAUGACACCAGCUCGUGAACAGGCUUUGUUUUUAGAACGUUUUGAGACUUUGGAAUGUUGGCUAAGGAAUUGCAGACCUAGCGUAGCUGACGUGCAGCCCCUCAAAGGAAGGGCAGAUCUAAUUCAUUUUCACUUUUGAUAGAAUGACUACCUGGUCAUUUGGUUGGGGACAGACUGAUGGCUGGGGCUUCUGACUCAGCAAGGUUUUGGAUCUUUGACAGCCAGGGCCUUAAAAAGCACAGGGACCCUCACGGUAGCCAAUAAAGGAGUUUUAUGAGUGUUGAAGGAACUUGCCUCUUUGUCUAAUGUGGUAGUGGGGAAGGGAAUGAAACUUACAUCUUUAGAAAAUAUAACUAGAGCCAUUGAAGUGCUCACGUGGCUUUGACAUACUUUUUCUAAGACUGUGGGUUUAGUCACUAUAGAUAGCUAGUCAGUCACUUGCAUUAAUAGUAAUUUUAAAAGUUGAUCUGAUAAGUUAUCUAUAUUACAAGUUCACAUAUUAAUUCACUAUCAAAAGAGGACAUUUACGAAGAUUUUGUGACAACACAUCCCCAUCUCUUCCUUGUAAAUAGGUUCCACUGUCUUCUUGCUCCAAAGGAUUAAUAUAAAAUUUCUUUUAUGCUAUUGACAAUAAAAUAUUAUUAAACUACA